AGAACAUCGAGAACGCUCAUUCAUCUUCUCCAGACCCACCAUCUUCUAUACCGUAUUAGCUAAUCGUGAGUGACGUCGUCAAUAUGUAUAACUGCAACACUACAUCAUGUCUGGAUAUGCUUCAAUGGCUAUUCGGGAUUGUCGCGAAUUCAAUUCGUCGAUGAACUCACCAUGCUUAUUGAGAACGCAGCAAAAACCGGAAUCUGGCAUUCGGUUCGUUCCGAGUGCUUUCGAUCUGAUUCCCGGUCUAUUAUUUAUGCAUAAAGGCUGGCAGUAUCUAUAGAUAUUUAUCACUACAGUCUAGCAACUUGUGAACACUCGAACAAUACCAUAAACUUCCAGACGAAAAAUUGCGAUGGCCUCCAAGUCGAACCCAUACACCUACGAAGUGGAAGUCUAUCAACAUGGCCUCAACGACAAGAGACCACCGAUCAGCUUCAACCCUCUCGACUGGGAGUCGUUAGCCAAGGAGCGCCUUUCCGCAGAGAGUUUUGGAUACGUCUGGGGAUCUGCUGGGACGAGAGAAACGGACGACAAUAACCGUGCAGCAUUCAAGAAAUGGGCCAUUGUCCCUUCGCGAUUAGUGAAAUCGGACUUUCCGAAUCUGAAAACAACCCUCUUUGGUGAAGAGUACGAUUAUCCAGUCGCCAUUGCGCCCGUCGGGGUGUUGCGCAUCUUUCACCGUGAUGGCGAAGAAGCUGUCGCAUCUGCUGCGGAGGCGGAUAACGUCACGUAUAUUCUGAGCACCGCAUCCUCGACCAGUAUCGAGGACGCCGCAAAGGCCAAUGGCAACGGGUCGCGUUGGUACCAGCUAUAUUGGCCGCCCAACGAACAGAACGAUAUCACUAUCAGUCUACUCAACAGAGCCAAAGCUGCAAACUACAAGGUCCUGGUAGUGACCCUGGACACGUAUAUCUUGGGCUGGCGACCCUCCGAUCUUAGUAAUGGAUAUAAUCCUUUUCUAAGAAAAGACAACAUCGGUGUCGAGAUAGGUUUCUCUGACCCUGUCUUUCGAAAGAAAUUUAAAGAGAAGCAUGGAAAGGAAAUCGAAGAAGACACGGGGACUGCUGCAUCAGACUGGGCGCAUACGAUUUUCCCGGGCAUGAGCCACGGAUGGGAAGACCUUGACUUUCUGCGAAAACACUGGGAUGGUCCUAUUGUUCUGAAGGGGAUUCAGACCGUUCAGGAUGCCAAAUUAGCUGUCCAGCAUGGCAUGCAGGGUAUCAUUGUCUCGAACCAUGGCGGACGCCAACAAGAUGGCGGCGUCGGGUCGUUAGAUGUCCUCCCAGAAAUUGUGGAUGCUGUCGGACAGGAUAUUGAAGUCCUAUUCGAUUCAGGAGUACGUUGUGGUGCGGACGUCAUCAAGGCGCUGGCGCUGGGUGCUAAGAUGGUUCUCGUGGGACGGCCGUACGUCUACGGACUUGCCAUUAGUGGAAAAGAGGGAGUUCGCCAUGUGAUGCGAAGCAUACUUGGAGAUCUGGAUCUCAACUUGCAUUUAUCUGGGAUCAAGUCAGUGUCGCCAGAGCAUCUGAACCGCUCAGUAUUGAAGCAAAUGCGUUGGUAGCGCGAUUUUCGCAGUGUCCCGAGAUAUAAAUCUAUCUAGGCAGAUAAUAUCAUAGACCAGAGAAAAUACGACGCUUCAAUAUACAGAU